GUUCUUAUUGGCCAUCGCAUCGCAGAACCCAAAACUCACUAGCGAAAUUAAAUUAUCAUAUAUACCCCUGUCAGCCCAUAACAAUUUCCUCUCUUUUUGCAGAGGCCUAGCUCUCCUUUUCUCUCCUCCAUAACAUUCAUUUCUUUUUUCCUUACAUUUUCGACGAGGUCCAUACUCAAACCCUAACAAUCUAACUUUCUCGGAACACGAUUUUCCUGGAAAAUCGUCGAGAAAAUGCAGCACCAGAGGCUGAAGCAGCAGCAGCAACAAGCUAUGAUGCAACAAGCUCUUCUUCAGCAACACUCUCUCUACCACCCUGGCCUUCUAGCUCCUCCUCAGGUUCGGAUUGAGCCAAUCCCAAGUGGAAAUCUGCCUCCUGGUUUUGAUCCAAGUACUUGCCGCAGUGUGUACGUUGGGAACAUCCAUACGCAGGUAACAGAACCACUCCUUCAAGAGGUUUUUGCGAGUACUGGUGCUGUUGAAAGUUGCAAACUUAUAAGAAAGGAAAAAUCAUCAUAUGGAUUCGUUCACUAUUUCGAUCGCAGAUCAGCUGCCCUUGCUAUAUUGUCUCUCAAUGGAAGGCAUCUGUUUGGGCAGCCUAUCAAAGUAAACUGGGCAUAUACUAGUGGUCAGAGGGAGGAUACAUCGGGUCAUUUCAACAUUUUUGUUGGUGAUCUAAGCCCUGAGGUUACUGAUGCUACAUUGUUUGCUUGCUUUUCUGUUUAUCCCAGUUGUUCAGAUGCAAGGGUAAUGUGGGAUCAGAAGACAGGGCGUUCAAGAGGGUUUGGGUUUGUUUCAUUCAGGAACCAACAGGAUGCCCAAAGUGCGAUAAAUGACUUAACCGGAAAGUGGCUUGGCAGUAGGCAAAUACGUUGUAACUGGGCAACAAAAGGUGCUGUUUCAAACGAAGACAAGCAGAGCUCCGAUGCAAAAAGUGUGGUUGAACUAACAAAUGGCUCAUCAGAAGAUGGUAAGGAGACAACAAAUAGUGAAGCUCCAGAGAACAACCCUCAGUACACUACUGUUUAUGUUGGCAAUCUUGCUCCUGAGGUCACUCAGCUUGAUCUCCAUCGCCACUUUCAUGCGCUUGGUGCUGGUCUGAUUGAGGAAGUUCGAGUCCAGCGUGAUAAGGGUUUUGGUUUUGUGAGGUUCAGUACUCAUGCUGAGGCAGCUCUAGCAAUUCAAAUGGGAAAUACCCAAUCUCUUCUAUGUGGGAGACAAAUUAAGUGCUCUUGGGGUAGCAAGCCCACUCCACCAGGGACAACUUCAAACCCACUGCCUCCACCUGCGGCUGUGCCUAUACCUGGCCUCUCUGCCUCUGACCUCUUGGCCUAUGAGCGACAGCUAGCAAUGAGCAAGAUGGGGGCCGGUGUUCAUGCCCUCAUGCAUCCACAGGGGCAGCAUCCUCUUAAGCAGGCGGCGAUGGGCAUGGGUGCUGCUGGGGCAAGCCAGGCUAUAUAUGAUGGUGGGUUCCAGAAUGUUGCUGCCGCUCAGCAGCUUAUGUACUACCAGUAAUAUACAAGAGUUCUGUUAUAUCCCUACCUAUAUUUCCUGCCUCAUGCAGGAUUUAUCUGAGUCCUAAACCUUUAGGAAGGCUUUUCUUUUUCUUUCUUUUUUUCUUUUUGGUCCUUUUCUGUUUGAGGUUGUUUCCCCACCUUAUAUGCUUGCUAUUUGUAUGGAUGUGUAUCAUGUAUGAUUUUGUGUCCUUUACCUGUUAUGAUGAGUGGGUAUGAUUAUUAGAGGAAGCUUUUUAGUGUAAACAAUAGUUCAAGUUUUUAUUUUCACCAUCAGCAGCUACCGGGUUGUAGGCUUUUUUCCCUAUUUUUGUUAAAUAUUUUAGGUAAUUGUGGGAAACAAUGAUUUAAUUAUAUAAAUUGCCAAAGAGGCUUAUUGGUUGCCUGCUA